AAACGCCGUGGCGACACCGCCGGAAAAACUUAUUUCGGCGCGUUUCCGAUCCCAUUCAUCAUCGAUGCGGCGGACUAACGCGGUUCGUCGAGUCGGCUUUGACGGUGACGUAAUUUCGCGUACGUCCGGUUGCCUGCGUGUGGACGCGGCCGAGAUGUAGAAAACACGUGAAAUGGUGCACGAUGAAAGUGGACGUGAAAAAUGGCCGUGAAAGCGAGCCGUCCAAUUCCGGACGCGACAAUCCUUGGGUGUCGUUGUCGGUCGUCUUGGUAGGCCUGGCCGCGCUCGCACUGGCAGUGUUCUGGAUCAAAAGAUGCAGGCAGUCGGGCCAAAUCAAACACGAAUACAGCGCCGUGAAAACGGACUGCGGCAACGACGGGUUUUCCGGGAACGAUCAAGUUAAGAACGGGGCUUUCCUCGCCUGCAAACGUAACCUCGACAACAGCGACAGAUACGAGCUGAGGAGCCACCUCGGCAACAUCGGAUCCAGGCCCGAGAAAAACUGGUUCACCGUCCAAGACAAUAUUUUAGGAGCCGAAAGACUGCUUACGUCGGUACCGUUACCGUCCACGUGUCCCCUGUUCCCGUCCCCCAAAAUACGCGAAGUGCUCCUCGAACUGUUCAGGGGUCUCCAGCACCCUUAUAUCCACCCGAUCCUGGACAUCGAUUUCUGGGAAACGGGAGCCGCCCUGGUCAGCCCCCUGAGCCCGAUGGGCAGCCUCAAGGAUUUCAUCUACGAGAGCUGCUGGCGCGACGACUACGACAAGAAGUACGAGCCCAGGACCGAGGGGCUGCCUCUGAAAACGAUCCAAUGUCUUGGCCGUCAGAUCCUCGAGGCCCUCCUGUUCCUGAGGAACCGUCAGUUCCCGCCCAUCUAUCAUCUGCAUUCCGGUAACGUCAUCAUUCAGAACGGCGUCGCUCGCCUGGCCGGCCUCGAGAAUCCCCUUUUGGGGCUGCUGCCUCGCGCGCCUAGCGCCCCCGAGACCCUCGCGUUCGGUUACCUGUUGUUCGAGAUGGCGGCCGGUUACGAGCUGUGCAGCCCGCCGAGCCCCGCCCACCUGCAGCUCGAACUGGAGAGGGUGCCGCUCGUGGCGGAAGCUCUCGAGCUCAUCUUUCAAGCGACCAGGACGCCCAGCCUGGAGGAGAUAGUGCGGUGCGACCUGUUCAGGGGCGUGGAGCUGCGCGAGUUACGGGGGGCGAAGGUGUCGCAGAUUGUGGCCCCGCCCGAGGUACUUCAACUGCUGGACAUCGUCAGGGAUCCGGCGCUGCCUUCGCCUCUGCUUAGGCGGUCCGCGUGACGUCACGCGUGCGACGGACCAAUUGAAAACGGCGAUCUGUCGUAUCCUUGUUUGUUGUGUCAUGGUGUCGACCAUAUAGCUAUAUGAUAAUAUAGUGGCCUUACUGCGGUGUGGAUCUUUUGGGCAAGCGUCACCCCCAACUAACUGAGUUGCCACAUUUCCGUAAUUUUCCUGAAAAAAUUGACUAAUUUUCAUAAAAACGCAAAAUCAGUCUCUGAAAUCCAAAUAUAAUUGGCAACGCCGAACUAGGAACUGCUAUUGCCAGUGCCAUUGUUGUUUACAUUUUUGGUGGUUAAGAGAUUCUAUCCGUACCUUUAUCGCGUUUUUGCGAAAAACUUGUUGUGGUUGUGGUCAAAAGUGAAUUAUAUUAUGUACAAGUUAAUUUAAAUGAUUUAAAAGUGGUUUCUAUAGUCACAUUUCGUGAAUUCGACCUUAUUUACAUUUUCAAUAGAAGUUAAACCAAUACGUUAAUAAAAACAAACUGUUUGCGCCGAUUUACGUACACAAAUUCGUUAAAAAUUAGCUGAUAUCGUGUCUAAUACAUAGUUGCUUCACAAGUUCCUGUACUAUUAGUAUAGGCAAGGGAAUCUAUAUGUCUAGUAGCUAUAUGGUGUCGACGAAUAGGUUAUACUCUGCACUUAGAAGUGGGAGGGUUGACAUUUUAGGCGACCAAUUGUUUUAGAAAGCAAGUAGUUGUAGUGGUAGAUGGCGGCAGGCGGCUAGAAGACAUUGUUGAAGAGGACGACAGCGAUUCCGGCGACGAGCAUAGCUCAGAGACAUGUAAUCCUAGGUAGUACGGGGAAACUGUCGGGCAAAUAUUAAUGCGGCACGUUUCGACUUCGAUUUCGUACUUCAAAAAUAAUAAUAUCGGCAAUCGACAAUUAUGAACAUAAGAAUGACGCGUCACUAUAAAAGAAAUUUGGGGAAAAAUAACUCACUAUAUAACUGAUUAUACGUUUAUUUUGAGUAGUGCGAAUUCAUGCUAAAAAUAAAUAAUUGUUUCUUGAACCAUUCUUUGCUAUGAUAAACGAUUGUCGAGUAAAAAGGCCAAAUUAGAAAUACAAAUAAAUUCGAAUUGAAAUGGGUAACUGCCGAUUAAUAUAUGCGGAAACGAAAUAUGUGGUACCUCUUUGUACGUUAGUUUUUAGCGCUUAGAUGAGACAGUAUAUUUCGAGAAUCUAAUCGACGUUCUAAAUGUCCGGUAGUUUUAGGCGCGUGGCAGAAAACACGUUUCGAAUGGCUUUAAACUGAAAAAUGAACCUCAACAUACGUAUAUUUUCCAAAAACGUUACCAUUUAAAAAAGUAUUUUCGUACGAACGUAGGACUGUACAUAGCGCAUCCCUCCGGUUCAUUUCGUUAGCAAUAAACGCGUAGCCUUUUAUAGGUUAGGUUGAGAUAUUUUGGUUGUGUGACCCCUGUGGUCCGUGACAUCCGGGUGACACUUUUUAUCGUCUGUGACGCUAAGAAUCCGCCUGGCCUGGGGAACAACCGAGUUCGUGCUUUGAUUUUGUCCGUUAAUUUACUGAGUGUGUAGCGUUGAAUCGACAUAUAUUUCUGGCGAAUGUUGGCGACAUCAUCGAAAGUGUCGAUUAAAGUCGCUUACGUGAGUGUGAUAAAGGUAAGGAAAUCUAACCUGCUUCUUGCAUACAAAUAACGUUUUUUAAUAAAUUGCGUAAAAAAAUGAGCAAUUGUUGGGUCUAUCUUUCCUUAUAUUAUAUUCAUGACAUUUUCAAAUAUUCAUUUCAUAUUUUUGUCAAUCAUGUAAUACUGAGAGAAGAGUAAGAAAAGAAUAGUUAAAUAAGAACAAACGUUGUUCAGAUUUUCAAAUAAAUAUAUUUAAAUGACAGCUGUUUCGGCAACACCGUGCCUUUAUCACAUGAGAAUAUCAAACGGUACCGAUGUUUAUAAAUAUAAAUAUAUUUAUGUGAAAAUCUGAAUAACGUUUGUUCUUAUUUAACCAUUUGAAAUGGAUUUUCAUCAAGUAAAAGCCACUUCACCACAAUGUAAGAAAAGAAGUUAUAAGAGCAAUAAAUCGAGAUCAAAGAUUUAUUAGAAAUUUUCUAUGACUGAUGAGCACUUUUUAAGUCUUUCCCGGGUAAAUAAAGAGAUGGUUAACAUUAUACUGGACCCCUUAUUGUAUUGUAUUAAAUUUUUUUGCCCCCAGAGACUAUCAAAUGCGUACGAGACUGGACUGGAGGUUCCUACUGAUUACAUAUUCUACAUGGGGUCAUUGCAAUUAUUAUCAGCCAACUAGGAAAUGAAUGGAUAAAAUUUCCCUCUUAAAGAAAUCACAUUAAUAGAGUAAAAAGUAAAUCUAUGGAGAGAACUCGAUUUCCAUGGGUAAUUCGUGCAAUUAACCGUACCGGAUUUUUGCCAACACGACGCCUUAUAGAGAUAUUUUUGGUAAUUUAGUUGUCUUUGUAAAAGUAUGGCAUCAAAUCUUGAUUUAACUUUACUAAUUAAAAUUUUAAACAAAACCAUGUUUGAUUGUUACGAAAGAGUUAUUUUAAAUAUAAUUAUAAAUAAAUAUAAGAUUAUGCAAUUUGUUUGCUAUUUUGCAAACUGAUUGAUUUCAAUUAAUACCUCCUAAAUUGUCACUAAUGUCCUUCCGUAUAAUGAUCUAUUUGUUUCUUACUACUGGCCAUAGCAGUGUCAUUGCUGGCAUAAUUGUAUUCAUCUGUUUCUAUUUGCACUUCAUUAGGAACUUGACACACCUUCAACAUUAUUUUCAAAUUCUGGAAAUGUUGACCACAAUCUGUCGAUUCGAGGCAUAAUCUCGGUUGUCCUCCUAGAAAUCCGCCUCCGCCGCUUAGUUGUUUGUUGCACCCGACUUCUUUGCGCCUACUUCGAUUCCCUUAGGACGCCAUGUAGUUGCACAAAUUUGUAGGUUCCGCAUGCGCGUAUACGUCAAGUUUUAGACUUAAGUAUUGAUCAAAAAAAUGUAGGUUGUACGAUCAUGAACCGUAAGCAAUCAAACGCCAACAAUAAAGAUUUUUGUAGCAGCCACAUAUCUAGCGGGUAAUCAAUUAAAGCGUCGCCUCUCAGGCGGCGUCAAAAGUCAAUUAAGUGCGUCACUGAGUACAUAACCUCAAAUUCUUGCCGCCGGUUUCUUUACUGGCGGACGAUACGUAUUUCGCUUCUUUAUCGUAAUUUCCUAUAUUUGUAGUUGUCCAGAGGCGAGGCGACCGAUGAGAAACCGUAUUUGUAUUGUGCGGAAAGUACGUGUACUUUUACAGUUGUAAAAAUCCUUAGACAAUCCCGUUAGUUUUUUAGGUUGUGGUUUGUAUCGGGUUAGGUGACGUCUCGAGCAAAUAAUUAUAUUGUUAAUAAAUUCACACGAUACUUGGUCAACAAUAAA